CGCCGCUUCCACAGCCAGUCCGCCGCCAUUCCACACACACGCGGCUUCAGCGGCAUUGCACAGACUGCCGCCACACAACAGCAGCCAACAUCACGUCGCUCAUGCGACGGCGACGAUCGAUGAAGAUGGCACCAGUCUCUUUUCGCCACUCUCACCUUGUAUGCCGCUCACCGCUGCCGUGGACAAGGACACUCAUAUAUUCGUGUAUAAGGGGGCGAAAGCGAAAACUGCUCGUAAGCGUCUAAUCGCCAAUCAUGUUGGCGAAAUAAUAGCGGACGUACCGCGCCGCAUUUCAAUGGAGAUAAGCGAUGAGGAGGACGCUAUUGGUUUGGUGGAUGAGGUGGAACGACGUCGACGUUGCUUGCGCGCGGCUAGGAGAAAAUCCUGUGCUGAGCCGGAGAUCGCUGGCGUUUCGGCUAGUGCCGGUGGUGGAAAGGGAAGUGGGAGUGGUCGCAAUGAUACUAGUGCGUUCAGUAGUGGCGUGGAGGAUGACAGCGGAGAAGAGGAUUAUCUAGAGUUGGAGAGUGGCAAACGGAUGUCACAGCGAAUUGGAAGAGGAAAAUAACUCUUACUACCCAACUUCAUAUGAGUUUAACAAACAAAUUGGGAGUGACUGUUACUGGGGUGAAGCGAACCAAAUAAAAGGUGCAUCUGAAAUAAAACGAGGAACACGCGGCCUCAUACAUUCUAAGUUUACUGCAGCGUUAAUAUGUGGCCGAUAUGGAAAAGCUAA